AGUCGAUUGCAGAUGUUGUUUGGUGCAGCUGUUGAGCGGCAGGAAAACUGAGUGGGGUUUACCCUAAUCGACCUAUCGUGAAUCGCGCAAGAUGAGCUCGCCGAACCGACGCAGAUGGAUAGAAAAGGUGGAAUAUGUGGUUGUGGAGAGAGAUGGUUUCGCGAGGGAGGAGUCGUUGGAGGACAUCAAUGCGACACCAACACCUACCAUCGAACAAAUCGCGCGAUCAUAUGUGAAGAAACAACAAACCAGUGAGGCGGACGAUAGCGACGAUGAGGACGGAAAAACAACGACUUCCACAACGGCUAGACCAACAUCCGGAGGCCCACCACCGCUACUCAUCACCAUGACAUUAUCGCAAGCUCAGGCUACCGUGGGCGCCUUGGCUGAGAACGAGCCCAUGGAGACCGUCGUCGUGUCCCUACAACCACCUCCAAGGCCUGAGCACGGAGGCGGAGGCAGUGGGCGCAUAUCUCAGUCGACAGAACAUCUUCUCAUCGCUGCUGGCUCUAUUGGUGCUACAAUCAUUGUCGUGAUGGUUGUACUGGCUAUCUAUACGAUGCGUAGACGGGGACUAACAUUCUCUGACGUGGUCAAACAAGGCAAGAGCCAGGUCAGGCGCCGUGGUGGGGGAACCGGCUCCAAAUAUGACUGGGACAACAAGCAGAAUCUUGAGGAGCGAUACUCCUUGCGGAAUGAUGCAGUAUAUCCCCCGCCUCCAGUUGCUAGGGGUAGCUCUCGAUCUGGCUCACGCUCGUCGCAAACUCGCGUACAGCCUCUGGCCCGCAGUGACAGCUUCCGCAAGGGUUCGUCCGAUAUGUCGCAACAAAGCUUCCUUCUCGAAGAUCCGCCAUCACGCAUGAACUCUCACAAGCGCAACAGUGCAACGCCAUCAUCUCCUAUUCUUGGACCGCAAGGCUCGCGUGGAAGCGAAUCCACGCACAACACGAGAUCUAUGGACGACGACGACGAGUACAUGCAACAACAAGCAGCUUCUCGACAGCCGGCAGCCCCAACAUUCAAACAGUUCAUGUCGAAUCGCCCAUCCAUUUCGCAACGGCCAGGUCUCGGCGGCAUGAACAGCAGAUUCAGCUGGACGAACUCGCAAGCACCACAAACGCCCCACGAUCCAAAAGGUGACCGAAUGAGCCAGCCUUUGGGACGUGACAGCUUCAUGACGAACCGAUCAUCAGUGCCCCGUUUCCGCACCAUCAACUCGUGGGUCAAUCAGCAGUCGACCCGCGUCGAAGAACAAAAGCUUAGGGAGCAAUAUCGCAUGACGCAAAGUUCUACGUACUCGGAAGACACAUAUGGCGACCAGGUUCCCGAGAUGCCUCCUGUGCCCAAGACCUAUAGGCAGACUGGCGGUCUUGCCGGGAAGGACAUCAAGCACCAACGCCAUGAGACCAAUACCUCGGUCGGUACAGCGCCUGUCUUCAAACAGCAUCCAGGCACAGAGGUGCGAUUCAGCACACGAAGUACCGUACCUUCUGAGAUUCUCGACAUGGGUCGGAAGAACUCAGUGCUCAGGUGACAGCCUCCACGAUAGGCUAAUUUUCCUUUCAGCGUUUCUUUAAGUACCCUAUCAGCAUUUCAGCGUAUCAGGAAGGACAUUGACUCAGACACGCCUGAGGAGCGUACCGAGACACGAGGGACGAUAUCAAGCUUGUGUACGCUAUUGGAAUUUUUGACAUAUCACGUUUGCAGCAACUUGUGUAAUUAUUGCCGUCAUUGUGUAUAUUGUUGUCAAGUUAGCAAAACCAUUUUACCUACUUAAUGCUAGUCUGAACAUCACUUGUCCCA